AUGAAGUGCGAUGAGGAAGCUGGUGCACACCUAUUUGUUAUUAUUCUGGGAAGUGGCUCAAUCAGGUUACCAAAGACAGCACCACAGGAUGCACUGAAACAUCCGGACACUAGCGAAACAGUGUAUAUUUCGUCGCUUGCUCUGCUCAAGAUGCUUCGUCACGGCCGCGCUGGCGUCCCCAUGGAGGUGAAUUUAUUAAAAAGUGUUUCGACAACAAGUCUUGCUAUUGCGAUAUAA